UGCUCGUCCAGUGUCUCUCUUACUGGUGCGCCGAUCUUCACUCAGAUAGGCGGGGCAAAAGACGUAGCCAUGGACAGAGAGGCUCUGUGCGCGUUCUUUGAAAAAAAGAAGGGAAAAAAGCAGCCUCGGAUGUUCUUCGACGCAUGGUCAACGGCAUUUGCUCGUGUCUUUUACGGGUUCUGGCUUUCAGAAGCCUCGGGUUCGAGCAAGAGAGCCAGUAAGCUGGACCUCUCAUGUCGUUCGUUCCAUCGCUCCACAAUGACAUUCCCAAGGGAGGGGAGGGGAGAGAGGUUGUUCUUCAACGACUAACGGAUUCUUGCAGCGCGUUGCAUGCAUUGCAACCCUCCCCUCGUCCAUAUCGCAACCUCUUUUGCUUCAGUGCAGUGGCCAACAACACACUGUUCUGCAUCUCUCACGCGCUAAGAAGCCCUCUCAAACUGGUACUGCAAUACGUUCGUGCUACCUUACUUACUCAUGGCGAUGGUCGAAAGAGGGAUUUCUUGUUCCCAGUUUUGCUGCAUACACACUGCUGCAGGUCAGUGACCGCAGCUCCAAAACCCCUCAUCGAACACGGGCCUCUCUACGGACCUUUCACCUCUCUCGCAUUCUCUCACAUACAACUUUCUCAGUCUCUCUAUCCGUUUUGUAUAAGCUAUCCGUACGCAAAGGCCAGAAAGAAAGAGGGGAAAGGGCACAUCACUGACCCAUCCGCAAACUUCCCCUCCAGGGUCCCCCCCUCCCUCUUAUGCCGGCACUGCUCAGGUAGGAGGAGGGGCAUCACGGUGCUCCAUGCAGAAAGAGGGCGUUUUGCUGGAGACGGUUUUGACAAGAAAAAAGGAGCCCCCCCCCUCUCUUCAAGUUACGCCGAGUGGAGCUCCAACAUGACAUAUCUUUUUUGGACGGGCGCACGUACAAAUACAGCGAGAAAGCCACAAAACACGACUCAAGGACCCUGCUGGAAUUCUAGGUGGCCCAGGUUUGGAUAGGGUAGAAGGGGAUAACUGAUCGUUCUGCUCUAGUUUCCACCACAACACACAUUCUCUCUCCCUCUGUAUGCACUGCCUUUCACCGAGGAAGGU